GCGUGUCGCCUCCGACGCUCGCGCCCCGCACACCCAAUCUGCUCAUUUAGCAAGCGACGCCGCACACGGCGGUGGCAGCCCCGCGGCCCGGCCGACGCUGCAGCCGGGCCGGCCCGAGCUCCUUCGAUCGUGACCACAUGUGACAUCUCGCCAAAAUGAUUGUGCCGAUUGUUUACGUUAACGCUAGUUGAUAACCGAGAAGCCGACGCUGGCAUGCUAAUUCGGACUGUUCGGCGUGGCGAUACGUGGACUGCACGCGGCGGCGACGCGGCUCGUGAGCUCGCGGGGUAUUCGCGCGCGCGGUGUGAUCGCGCGAGGAUUUCGCGCGCGAGUUGUGGACGCGCGGUAGAUCGCGCGCGCGACCUGGCGGCUUGGCGCCAUGCGGUAGCGCGGCGGCGCGGCCGAGCGGCGGGCGAGCACUCGUGCGCUCUCGGCUAUGUGCCCCCUUUGCGCUACAUUGUAAGUCUCGAUCAGUCGAUGACACAGCCAAGGAGGACCCAUGUCUUACUGGGGUGGUGUUAGCCUAAGAUGGUGUUGGCGUUUGUGGUCGGAGUCCUGUGCGUGUGGGGCCGCUUAAGCGUCGCAAACCCUGAAGCGAAGCGGCUAUACGACGACCUCCUUUCAAACUACAACAGAUUGAUUCGGCCCGUGGGCAACAACUCAGACCGGCUCACCGUAAAGAUGGGACUGAGGCUUAGUCAACUCAUCGACGUUAAUCUUAAGAAUCAAAUCAUGACAACGAACGUUUGGGUAGAACAGGAAUGGAACGAUUACAAGCUAAAAUGGAACCCCGACGAUUAUGGCGGCGUUGAAACUCUGCACGUGCCUUCUGAACACAUAUGGCUACCUGACAUCGUGUUGUAUAAUAAUGCGGACGGCAACUAUGAAGUGACUAUAAUGACUAAAGCUAUCCUUCAUCACGACGGAAAAGUUGUUUGGAAGCCGCCUGCCAUUUAUAAGUCCUUUUGUGAGAUCGACGUCGAGUACUUUCCCUUCGAUGAACAGACCUGUUUCAUGAAAUUUGGUUCAUGGAGCUAUGACGGAUACACGGUGGAUUUGAGGCAUUUGAAGCAGACGCCGGACUCCGAUCAUAUAGGGAUGGGCAUCGAUCUAUCGGAGUACUAUAUAUCGGUCGAAUGGGACAUCAUGCGGGUACCGGCGACAAGGAAUGAAAAGUUCUACUCAUGCUGCGAAGAACCUUAUCCUGAUAUUAUUUUCAACCUCACCUUGCGGAGAAAAACCCUUUUCUACACGGUCAAUCUCAUUAUCCCUUGCGUUGGAAUCUCUUUUCUAUCAGUACUCGUCUUCUACCUUCCAUCAGAUUCAGGCGAAAAGAUUUCACUUUGCAUCUCAAUUUUACUCUCUUUGACCGUGUUCUUCUUAUUGUUAGCAGAAAUUAUACCUCCGACGUCACUGACUGUUCCCUUGUUAGGAAAAUAUUUAUUAUUUACUAUGAUGCUAGUCACGUUAUCAGUCGUAGUCACUAUUGUGGUGCUAAACGUAAAUUUUAGGUCUCCAGUUACACAUCAUAUGGCUCCUUGGGUGCGAAAAGUCUUUAUAGAUUUUUUACCCAGAAUUUUAUGUAUACAAAGGCCCGAAAAAUCUGAUGAUGAUGAAAAUGAUAAGCCGAUUGAGGUACUUACUGAUGUGUACGGUGGCGAUGACAUGGAUGGAAAAUUCAAGGAAUGGGGCUGCGAGGAAUAUGAACUGCCAGGAAUGCCUCCAUCACCGCCACCGCCUCCGGGUGGUGAUGAUGAACUCUUUUCUCCACCACCAGGAUCACCUUGCCGCUUAGACCUCGAUGAUGGCAGUCCAUCUCUAGAAAAACCAUACGUUAGAGAGAUGGAAAAGACAAUAGAAGGAUCUAGAUUCAUUGCUCAGCAUGUUAAAAAUAAAGACAAAUUUGAGAGUGUUGAGGAUGAUUGGAAAUAUGUAGCUAUGGUACUGGACAGAAUUUUCCUGUUCGCAUUUACGAUAGCUUGCGUCCUCGGCACCGCUCUCAUUAUAUUCAGAGCGCCGACGUUUUACGAUAAUACAAAGCCCAUUGACAUUCUUUACUCGAAAAUUGCGAAGAAAAAGUUGGAGUUGCUCAAAAUGGGCUCGGAAGGUGACCCGGGUCUCUGAAAUUCGUCUUACGUCUUCGGCCACUCGCCGCCGAAGACGUUCUGGGAGCUGAUUGUGAUGUGGUGGCACGGAUGAUCUAUGUAAAGCUCCCAGAUGGGAACUAUGAGGCGAGAACGUGUUUUGUGCUCAGUGUGGUGCCAAGCGCUCGAUGCGCCGCGGGACGUGUUCACGCCGCUUGCGUGUCCAAAACCGUCUUUUUAUAUAAAUAAACUCAUACGCGUAUUGUGUCCGUCGAUAGUCGAAACAAAAACGGAAGAACCUCAUAAGUACGGCCGUUUUGUGUUGGCGUCGAAUCUGCCGUCAAUAAUUUUUUAUAUUGGAAUCACCAUAUUUAACAUAAAUAUUUUUAAGCAUAUAUUAAUUGUAUUUUUUAAUUUAAUUAAAUUUAAUUAAGUUUUUUAUUUUCUAAAGAUUAUUCGACAUGAGCGCACAAACAUUGUAUAGUUUAAAUUAAGUAAAGUUUAAUUUGUCGCAAUUAAUUAUGUUGCAUUUUUGGUAUAAAGACUAUACGGUUACAUUUAAUUAAAUAGGAUUUAAUUCGAAUAAAAUUGAGCUCAAUUUCAAGAUAUAAAAAUUAGAUUGUAAAGAGAUACUUUUCUCUCAAACGUAUUAAUAUUAAUCGAAUAUAAUGAAGUUCAUUUUCUUGAAAACGUCCUCAAUGAGUGGGACAUUGUAGAUGAUGUAUGUAUUGAAUAUGUAUUGGUGAGUAUAUAUGAUGCAUUAAAUAUACAUUUAAUAUUUUAUAAACUACGUACUCGCGUAAAACUUAUAAGGACAAUAUCGAUUGAUUAAAUGAAUGAAUCGUAAUUUCCCCGUAGAUAUAAUAAAUUAAGGGAUUGUAGAUAUUUAGGUGAGUGUACCAUCACAAUUGAUGGGCACUUAUAUUAUAAUAUACUAUGAAUAGCCGUAAUGUCACGUUGCGACGGUGAUAAUAUUGUUUCAUUAGAUAUAUUUAUAGGCCACAAUUGACUGCCAAUUGUAAUUUAAAUUUUUAUAAAAUUCGAUAUUCUUAGAUAGUUUGAUAACUUAUUUAAUUCAAUUUUUUUAAGGUGCCAAAUUACGCCAAGAUCAUAGUUUCUUAUAAAAGGCCAAUUAAAAUAUUCUUAAAUUAAUUUGUGAGAGCUGUCGUGUUUUUUUUAAGUAUGCUUGUUCAUUCUGUGACAUCUAAUGCUUGCCCUAUGAAGCAACGACUGAGAAGCUAUAACGAUAUGUCUGCAAUGAGCUAGGAAUUAUGGAUUUUUCACAAAACUGACUUACCAUAAUUUCAUUAAUCCUAGAGUACAGGGUAAAAUUAGUACACCAAUUACUUCCCCUGAUUUUUAUUCUCACGUUUUCACCGAUUGUAAAGUCUUUUACUCACUUAUAGGCACUCUACCACUUGUCUUAGAUAAUAAAAUCAUUGUUGAGAUUAAUGAAAUUAGUAUCUAAUGAAAAUGUAGGUAUUAUAUUAGAUAUCAUUCUUUUGUUAAUUACCUAUUCAUGUUCAUAUUAUAAUGUAGGUUGUACUUUCAAAAUCAUUUUAAACACCUUACAUGUUAGACGUAUCAAGUACGUACAACUUCACCUCAACCCAUUACGUAGAGUAACGUAGCCUUUGUCGUAAUAAAAAAAAAAAAUUUCGAGCCGCGUUAUUGAUAUGUCAAAAGUAAUACAUCAUUAUAUGAUUAGAUAAUGAUUACCUAGUUACUGAAAUUAAUAAUAUUUUAAUGAAUUCAACAGCGAGCAGUAAGGUAAACAGGGAUGGUUCUAGUGAAAUUAUUCAAACCGUUUUGUGUGAUUCGUCUUAAUAUUAUAAGUGUUAUUGAAUGUGUAUAGCUGUUUGUGCCAAUUACGCAUUCGGCUAGAGUAGAUUAGAAAAUACGUAAAAAUGCGUUAGUUAUACACGGGAUACGGACGGUACUUACGCGUAAGUAACCUGUUGAAAGCUCGCUAAAGGUUGAAAGAAGUAAAAGAUUAGGUAUGUAUUUAGGGAAGUCACACUCAUUUCACGCAGCUCUGGGUGUUUUAAAUCUUAAUAAUUAUACAGGUGUUUUGUGCGAACGUUACCCUAUAAUUCCAAUAGGAUAUUGGCCAAUAGAAGAUCAGGGAAAUCUUGCUGAAUUUUUUUUGGUCAAUACUCACGUCAUAGCCAUUAAUACCUCGUAUACAGCUGCUGCUAAAGUUGUGACUUUGGCACUAACGACGCCAGUUUUUAUUCGAAGGAAUUUUUGGAAGGAAUUGUUGUACUUAAAAUUAAUUUUCUACGGUAAAAUCACAUCGGUAAAUUGAGUAGGAAGUGCUAUUGCACGCACCGAAACACCAAGUUAGAAGUAUUAUUGUCAUUAAAAAUAAUGGUUAGUUAAGUCCACAGGCUUCCCUCACUAUUCCGUAAUUAUCCAACUUUUAUUGUAGAUAUUUGCUAGAAAAUAAACGGUCUGUUGUUAUUUUUAUAUGACUGCAAAUAAUAUUAUAAUAGAUAGAUUUUCUAAAGAAACACCAUAGGUUAAUAUAUUUAGACGACGAGUGUAAUCGUGAAUAAGUAUACUGAAUGAUAGUCGAUUGAGUUGUUAGGAAUAAAGGUGAGUUAGGAUGUAAAUAACUGUGACGAAAUGAGCAUGAAAUCAAAAGUCAAGUAUAGUCUAAAUGCGUAAUACAGCGUUGAUUCGUUUCGCAACAAAUCCUGAUAAGAUUUGAAAGAUUAAUGGACUUCGAUUUUAAAUAAUGUGAAUAUAAAUAACCUAGAAUAGGCCCUUAGAAAUGUUGAAACUGGAUGAGCUAAGCCGAUACAACGAUUAAUAAUCCUAAUUCUUUAGUAUGAAUGAAAUUUUGAUUACGGUAAAGCUUUCGAUCUCUUAAAUCCUUCCAUUGGUUAAACAUCCAGUUUUGUAAUCUUAGCUCGAGGGCGUUCUACUUAAUAUUUUCUGUGAUUUGUAACUUUGGUUGUACCCUUGUUAUUAUCGUCUGAAAGACAUCUUCGUAAGUUUAUCUUUAUUUGUUCCCUGUUGUGUUUGAUCUGAUACUUGAGUUGUUGGAACGAGGUCGUUAUUAUAGACUACGUCUGUACAUGCAUGUUUCGGGUGAUAAACGGGUAUGAGAGUCAAGUUUUGUCGUAUAUCUCAAUUUAGAUAGGUAAAUAAUAAAUUUACAAUAAAUAACGCUAGCAUCACAUCGUCAAUAAGUAAUUAAUGUAAGUAUAUUAAAAUAAGUGGUGUUUUAGCUUCUCAAUGUUUAUUAGAGUUAGUCGACGAAUGAGUCGGUUCGUAAGCACGAUGUUAGACAAAUUUGUUAUCAUCAAUUAUAAUUUCACUAAUGUCAAUUAAAGCUAGUUCAUCAGUGUUUUUACACGACAUUUUAAUAUACGAUUCUAUGUGAUGUAUUUUUUAACAUUUUAAUUUUAUUUAAUCUUCGCAAUCUA